AUGCAGAAACAAGAUUUUAAGCGUAAGACAACCGGCAACGAAGAAACUACACAGGAAAUAAAGUUGAAGCUACAAAUUCAAAAACAUGUACGGCCGAAAGUGUUCUACAAUAAAAAAUUCUCGGUUCCUUUGAGGAAAAAACGGAAAAAUGAAUAUGACGCUGAUGAAGAAGCUAGAUUAGAAAAAAUAGUUUUUGGUGAUCCAAGUGAUGUCAUAAAUAAUUUAUUGGAUGAGCAAUCUGUGACAGAAGUACUAAAUGAACCCAUUGAUACUGACAAUCAAAAAGUAAUAAAAGAUGAAAAUAAUUCAGAUCAAGAUAUCUUAGCUUUUAAUAAUGGGGAAAGUGUUAAACUGAAAGAAAAGACAGCAGCAUGGAUAGACGAUGACGAUUACAAUUAUACCGUGAAUAAAGUUCAAAGUAUACAGAAUCGUAAAUUGCCAAUCAAAAGCUCAGAAAAAUUGUAUACAACAUAUUUGGAGAAUAGAUACAAACAGUUUGUGGGAACUCCAAAAUGGGCUGAAUUUGAGAAAAAAGAUAAAGCUGAUAACUCGGAUAAUGAUAUCUUGAAGCAUAGUUGCCAUUUGGAGCCACCAAAUGUAAAGAAUUUGCCGAAAAAUAUUAUUGACAUCAAAACACUCAAAGCUUUGAAUAAAAGUACUCAUACAGAAGGUCCUAUUGUCACAAGUGUAGAGUUUCAUCCGUCGUCCACUGUAGCUUUGGUUGCGGGUACAUCAGGUAUUUUGUCACUAUUUCAGGUAGAUGGUCAUACAAAUAAUAAAUUGCAUAGCAUGCAAUUUAAAAAAUAUCCGAUUAGCAAAGCAACAUUCAUGAAAAAUGGAACGGAAAUCUUGCUUGGUUCCCAACAUUACCCAUAUUGUUACACUUAUGAUUUAAUGAAUGGUAAAACGUAUAAAUUACCUUUACCAUAUGGAAUUACGAAUAUGAAGCGUUACGAAGUAUCUCCUGAUGGCAGUUUAAUAGCAUUGUGUGGAAGACGGGAUGAAAUAUAUUUAUUACAUAAUUCUACUAAAGAACUUAUCAGUACGCUCAAAAUGAAUUCGAAAUGUAGGACAUUAACAUUUACUCCAGAUAGUAAAACACUUAUUACACAUGGCAAUGGCAGUGAAAUGUAUGUGUGGGAUUUAAAUACACGUACAUGUGUUAAUCGUGCUACAGAUGACGGAUGUAUAUGUUGCAUGUCGCUCGCUAUAUCCCCGAACGGUCAGUUUAUAGCUACAGGUAGUGCUCAAGGUGUGGUUAAUCUUUACGACACACAAACUGUAUUACAGCACCAAAGCCCCAAGCCUUUAAAAAUAGUUAUGAAUCUUGUAACUAGUGUAACAAAUUUGAAAUUUAAUUCGACAUCAGAAAUAUUGAGUGCGGCAUCGGUUGAAAAGUAUAAUGCAUUUAAAAUGGUGCAUAUACCCUCAUUUACCGUAUUUUCGAACUUUCCGACGUUUCAAACUAAUAUAGGUAUGCCUCAAAUGAUUAAUUUUUCUCCUGGCAGUGGUUACCUCAGCAUUUCUAACAGAACAGGUUCUGCUUUACUAUAUAGAUUAAGACAUUACGGAAAUUAUUGAUUUUAAAAAUCUGCACAUAUAACAAAAUUUUUCUAAUGUUUUAUAAAAUAUAAUGAAGAAUAAAUAACCUAUUGACAUUAA